GAGGUCUUGCCGAGGCUCAUCAGUCACGGACGCUGCAAGGCGAUGUGUAAUAUUGCGAAGCAAGAGCCUGGUCGCAGUCGUGUACUGCAGACGCUGUUGCUAUGAGCUUGGGGUCAUGGUGAUGGCUGGUCUCGUAAGCUGGAUAUGAGAUAGGCGAUACAGCUGGCAAAUGGCUGCGACGGGCCUCGUGUCCCUAGGAGCUGGAUGCUUUGAAGAGCACGCUUCGUUCCAAGUAUGCAAGUGCCACGCAGAGCCUGGACAAAUGUAGACGCCGGGAAAGUUUUUUGAUCUGUUCGUGGUGAUGGUCCCGAGCAUUUGACACAAGCUGUGGGGUCCUGCCGGGUGGCGUAGUGGCGGGGUGACUCAGCUGGCCUGGCCAGCACGUCAACGUCAACCAUCUCGAGGCCUGGAAGGAACGAACGUCCAACCAAGCUGUCACUAUUUGUCGUGGAUCACCAUUCCGGUGGCUAUCCAUGGAGAUUCACCCCUGUGCAGACUGUUUGGACGUAGAGAACCUCGCUAUCCUCGACUUCUGGUUGGGUACAGACUGCCGUACCGGCGCAUCAUCCACGGCAAUGGACCACGAGAAAUUCCAUGGUAUGCAUGGCGUGCGAAAGGUUGUGGAUCCGACCGACCCUCUCUCGUACCUCUGCGCCUGGCUGGCCCUGAUCCCGCAAGGGCUCUGUAUCGUCUACGUCACGCUCAUCUGGUCGACGCGCGAGAUCGAGGUCGCCCUGCUCUUCGCGGGCCAGCUGGCCUGCGAGGCGCUCAACUUUGUCCUCAAGCGCAUCCUCAAGCAAGAGCGGCCGGUCCGCAUGCAGGGCAAGGGCUACGGCAUGCCCAGCAGCCACGCGCAGUUUGUCGCCUUCUUCGCCGUGUCCAUGUGCCUCUUCCUCCUCGUCCGCCACCAGCCCCCGCACCCGGGCGUCUCCCGCCGCAACCACACGCCCAUGACCCUCUCCGAGCGCGCCAUCGGCGGCUUCCUGUGCCUCCUCAUGGCCGCGUCCGUCGCGUGGAGCCGCGUGUACCUCAACUACCACACGGAGCUGCAGGUCGUCGUCGGCAGUGCUGCUGGUGCCGUCAGCGCCGUGGCCUGGUUUCUGAUCACCGAGAUUGCCCGCCGGACAGGAUGGGUGGCUUGGCUCGUGGACUCGCCACCCGCGCGCUGGCUUCGCGUGCGCGACUUGUGUUUGGAGGAGGACCUCUGCCAAGCUGGCUGGGAGAAGUGGGACGAUCGCAGAACAGCUCAGCUGCAGACAAGGAAAGGGAAGAAGGAGACUUGA